AUCAGCAUACAACCGAUUAACAUGUUGCGAUUCGCGGUACUUCUCUCCGUUCUGGCCUGCGCCUUGGCCGGCACCAUUCCCGAUGGCAUGGUCCCCCAGCUGGACGGACGCAUCGUCGGCGGCUAUGAGACCACCAUCGAGGCCCACCCCUACCAGGUGUCGCUGCAGCGCUCCGGCUCCCAUUUCUGCGGCGGCUCCAUCUACUCCCACGAUAUCGUCAUUACCGCCGCCCACUGCCUGCAGUCGAUUGAGGCCAAGGACCUGAAGGUGCGCGUCGGCAGCACCUACUGGCGCUCCGGCGGCAGUGUGCACUCCGUCCGCUCCUUCCGCAACCACGAGGGCUACAACGCCCGCACCAUGGUCAACGACAUUGCCAUCAUCCGCCUGGAGUCCAACCUGAGCCUGCGCUCCACCAUCCGCGAGAUCCGCAUCGCCGACUCAAAUCCCCGUGAGGGCGCCACCGCCGUUGUCUCUGGCUGGGGCACCACCGAGUCCGGUGGCAGCACCAUUCCCGACCACCUCCUGGCCGUGAACCUAAAGAUCGUCGAUGUGGAGCAUUGCCGCUCCAGCGAGUUCGGCUAUGGCUCCAAGAUCAAGGACACCAUGAUCUGCGCCUACGCUGCCCACAAGGAUGCCUGCCAGGGUGACUCCGGCGGCCCGCUGGUCUCCGACAACACCCUGGUCGGUGUUGUGUCCUGGGGCUAUGGCUGCGCUGACGACCGCUACCCCGGAGUCUAUGCCGAUGUUGCCCACUUCCACUCCUGGAUCGAGGAUACCGCCCGCGAUCUGUGAAGAGCGCAAAACAAAGCUCUUAUCACUUGAAAUAAAAUCAAUUGAAUAGCA